AUGACGGUACACUCGUCAUUCGUGGAGAGAAGAUUCGUCGCGAAAUGUAGGCGGUGUUGGUUUUGUUGUGCACCCAUUUGUCAUCCAUCUUGUCGAUUCUCACGAGAUCCUGUCACCUCAUCUGGCCAUUCUUCGUCUCCGCUCUCUGCGCCAAAAUCCUCCAACUGCUACUCACCAACAUCAGCAGCUGAUGGUUCCGAAUCGGAUGCGUUUUACGAGGAGCUGGAGGAAGUAAUCCGCAACGAGAAGUCCUUCUACAAAUUCGUUGUCGGAGACUUCAACGCAAAACUAGGAAAUGCCACAGAAGAAGAAUGCAGGAUUGGAAGAUUUGGACUAGGGGACUGA